UUUACCCUGAGGGAGGUGGGAGCCCUGGAGGGCUGUGGGCAGAGGAAGGAAGGGACCUGACUCGGUGUUUAUGAUCAGUUAUUUUUGCUGGGUUUCUCCCCCUUCGCUAUGCUGUGGCAGCCCUGCGGAGAGGGGAGGGGAGGGGAGAGGCACACCCUGUGUUUCCCACCCCCCUUUGCCACCACCUUUGGGAAGCAUUGGCUGAGGAGUUUGGGAGACACCCCUGUUUUGUUCCCCAACUGUUUGGCAAACACAGUGAUGGCUCCAAGGAAACGACCUGGGGGUCAUCAGGCCCAGUGGCUGGACCUUCCCUCCUCCCAGCUUAGCACCCAGAGCCAUCAACUGGACACAGCUGGGAUCCCUGUCCCAGGGGCAGGCAGGGGGCAUUCAAGGAGGGCGUAGCAGUCAUUUCUUUGCCUGCACACCCACCCACAGACAGCCUAUUGGCAUAUAGGCUCUGGAUCUGGGUUCAAAUCCUGUCUCUGCCACUUCCCAGAUCUGUGGCCUCAGGUACAGGAUGCCUCUUCCAGGAAUCCACCCUCGGCUGGCCCAAGCCCACCAGGCCUGGAUCUCACUUCUAGGGCACCUCCAGUUCUGUUGGUGUCCUGUCUUGGUCUGUAUUUAGGCCCUUUCUCAAGGGAAGUCCCUUCUGGAGAGUGACACGUCCCCUCACUGCUCAGGACAGACCCUGCUCCUGUCUUUCUGCCUGGACAAUGCUAAGCUGAUGUUUGUUGAGCACCUGCUAGGUACCAGGCACUGGGGUUAACAGGUUACAUGCGUGACCUCAUUUCACGCUCACGACUACCCUAUGAGUUGGUCCGUUUAGCUGAACAUUUAUUAAGUUGCCAACUGUGUGCCAAGUAUUGUUCUAUUGCAGGGGACACAGCAGUGAACAAAAGACAGGCCUGGUGGAGGUGAGGGAAGAAGCUGUGUGGGUGUCUGGGGAAGAUGCUCCAGGCAGAGGGAAUAACAGGUGCAAAGGUCCUGGGGCAGGGCCAUGCCUGGAGAUUUGGAGGAACAGAGAGGAGGCCUGUGUGGCUGAAGCAUGCUGCUUAGAGGAUUACCAUGUCUGCUCAAGAUGGAGGAGGCCGGGAUCCCCCCAAACCCAAGGGCAAGACCCUGGGCAGCUUCUUUGGGUCCCUGCCUGGCUUCAGUUCUGCCCAGAACCCGGUGGCCCACGCCCACAGCUCAGCGAGAGAGGCCCGGCCAGUCGCCCAUCCCACAGGUGCUCCAGCCGCCGAGACUGCCCAGCCCCAGGCUGAGGUGGCCACCGACCCGGAGCAGACGACCAGGGACGUUGAGAAGACACUGCCGCUUUCAGACAGGGUCAUCUCCAGGACAAACGACCUAGUGUGGUCCAAGAUGACCAGGACCAAGGAUGCCUUCUCGUGUGGGAUGGCCAACAUCGUGGACACAGCUAAAGGCGUGGUCCAAGGAGGCCUGGGCAUGACCCAGUCCACACUCACAGGCACCAAGGAUGCAGUGUCCACUGGACUCACUGGGGCAGUGAACAUGGCCAAGGGCACCGUCCAGAUGGGCAUGGAUACCACCAAGACUGUCCUGACAGGCACCAAAGAUGCAGUGUCCAGUGGGCUCACUGGAGCAAUGGGUGUGGCCAAGGGGGCCGUCCAGACGGGCGUGGACACCACCAAGACCGUCCUGACAGGCACCAAAGAUGCAGUGUCCACUGGGCUCACUGGGGCAGUGAACAUGGCCAAGGGCACCGUCCAGACGGGCGUGGACACCACCAAGACCGUCCUCACAGGCACCAAAGAUGCAAUGUCCACUGGGCUCACUGGAGCAAUGGGUGUGGCCAAAGGAACCGUCCAGAUGGGUGUGGACACCACCAGGACUGUCCUCACAGGCACCAAAGAUGCAGUGUCCACUGGGCUAACUGGGUCAGUGAACAUGGCCAAGGGCACCGUCCAAACUGGCAUGGACACCACCAAGACCGUCCUGACAGGCACCAAAGAUGCAAUGUCCACUGGGCUCACUGGAGCAAUGGGCGUGGCCAAAGGAACCGUCCAGAUGGGCGUGGACACCACCAAGACUGUCCUGACAGGCACCAAAGAUGCAGUGUCUACUGGGCUCACUGGGGCAGUGAACAUGGCCAAGGGCACUGUCCAGACUGGCAUGGACACCACCAAGACCGUCCUAACAGGCACCAAAGAUGCAGUGUCCAGUGGGCUCACUGGAGCAAUGGGUGUGGCCAAGGGGGCCGUCCAGACGGGCGUGGACACCACCAAGACUGUCCUCACAGGCACCAAAGAUGCAAUGUCUGCUGGCCUCACUGGGGCAGUGAACAUGGCCAAGGGCACUGUCCAAACUGGCAUGGAUACCACCAAGACCGUCCUGACAGGCACCAAAGAUGCAGUGUCCACUGGGCUCACUGGGGCAGUGAACAUGGCCAAGGGCACCGUCCAAACUGGCAUGGACACCACCAAGACCGUCCUAACAGGCACCAAAGAUGCAGUGUCCACUGGGCUCACUGGAGCAAUGGGCGUGGCCAAGGGGGCCGUCCAGACGGGCAUGGACACCACCAAGACCGUCCUAACAGGCACCAAAGAUGCAGUGUCCGCUGGGCUCACUGGGGCAGUGAACAUGGCCAAGGGCACCGUCCAGACGGGUGUGGACACCACCAAGACCGUCCUCACAGGCACCAAAGAUGCAAUGUCCGCUGGACUCCAUGGGGCAAUGGGUGUGGCCAAAGGAACCGUCCAGAUGGGCGUGGACACCACCAAGACUGUCCUGACAGGCACCAAAGAUGCAGUGUCCAGUGGGCUCACUGGGGCAGUGAACAUGGCCAAGGGCACCGUCCAAACUGGCAUGGACACCACCAAGACCGUCCUGACAGGCACCAAAGAUGCAAUGUCCACUGGGCUCACUGGAGCAAUGGGCGUGGCCAAAGGAACCGUCCAGAUGGGCGUGGACACCACCAAGACUGUCCUGACAGGCACCAAAGAUGCAGUGUCUACUGGGCUCACUGGGGCAGUGAACAUGGCCAAGGGCACUGUCCAGACUGGCAUGGACACCACCAAGACCGUCCUAACAGGCACCAAAGAUGCAGUGUCCAGUGGGCUCACUGGAGCAAUGGGUGUGGCCAAAGGAACCGUCCAGAUGGGCGUGGACACCACCAAGACUGUCCUCACAGGCACCAAAGAUGCAAUGUCUGCUGGCCUCACUGGGGCAGUGAACAUGGCCAAGGGCACUGUCCAAACUGGCAUGGAUACCACCAAGACCGUCCUGACAGGCACCAAAGAUGCAGUGUCUACUGGGCUCACUGGGGCAGUGAACAUGGCCAAGGGCACCGUCCAAACUGGCAUGGACACCACCAAGACCGUCCUAACAGGCACCAAAGAUGCAGUGUCCACUGGGCUCACUGGAGCAAUGGGCGUGGCCAAGGGGGCCGUCCAGACGGGCAUGGACACCACCAAGACCGUCCUGACAGGCACCAAAGAUGCAGUGUCCACUGGGCUCACUGGGGCAGUGAACAUGGCCAAGGGCACCGUCCAGACGGGUGUGGACACCACCAAGACCGUCCUCACAGGCACCAAAGAUGCAAUGUCCGCUGGACUCCAUGGGGCAAUGGGUGUGGCCAAAGGAACCGUCCAGAUGGGCGUGGACACCACCAAGACUGUCCUGACAGGCACCAAAGAUGCAGUGUCCAGUGGGCUCACUGGGGCAGUGAACAUGGCCAAGGGCACCGUCCAAACUGGCAUGGACACCACCAAGACUGUCCUCACAGGGACCAAAGAUGCAGUGUCCGCUGGCCUCACUGGAGCAAUGGGUGUGGCCAAAGGAACCGUCCAGAUGGGCGUGGACACCACCAAGACCGUCCUGACAGGCACCAAAGAUGCAAUGUCUGCUGGACUCACUGGAGCAAUGGGUGUGGCCAAAGGAACCGUCCAGAUGGGCGUGGACACCACCAAGACUGUCCUGACAGGCACCAAAGAUGCAAUGUCUGCUGGACUCCAUGGGGCAAUGGGUGUGGCCAAAGGAACCGUCCAAACUAGCAUGGACACCACCAAGACCGUCCUCACAGGGACCAAAGAUGCAAUGUCCGCUGGACUCACUGGAGCAAUGGGUGUGGCCAAAGGAACCGUCCAGAUGGGCGUGGACACCACCAAGACUGUCCUGACAGGCACCAAAGAUGCAAUGUCCGCUGGACUCCAUGGGGCAAUGGGUGUGGCCAAAGGAACCGUCCAGAUGGGCGUGGACACCACCAAGACUGUCCUCACAGGCACCGAAGAUGCAGUAUCCACUGGGCUCACUGGGGCAGUGAACAUGGCCAAGGGCACCGUCCAGAUGGGCAUGGACACCACCAAGACCGUCCUGACAGGCACCAAAGAUGCAAUGUCUGCUGGACUCACUGGAGCAAUGGGUGUGGCCAAAGGAACCGUCCAGAUGGGCGUGGACACCACCAAGACCGUCCUGACAGGCACCAAAGAUGCAAUGUCCGCUGGACUCACUGGAGCAAUGGGUGUGGCCAAAGGAACCGUCCAGAUGGGCGUGGACACCACCAAGACUGUCCUGACAGGCACCAAAGAUGCAAUGUCUGCUGGACUCACUGGCGCAAUGGGCAUGGCCAAAGGAACCGUCCAGACCGGCGUCGACACCACCAAGACUGUCCUGACAGGCACCAAAGAUGCAAUGUCUGCUGGACUCCAUGGGGCAAUGGGUGUGGCCAAAGGAACCGUCCAAACUAGCAUGGACACCACCAAGACCGUCCUCACAGGGACCAAAGAUGCAAUGUCCGCUGGACUCACUGGAGCAAUGGGUGUGGCCAAAGGAACCGUCCAGAUGGGCGUGGACACCACCAAGACUGUCCUGACAGGCACCAAAGAUGCAAUGUCCGCUGGACUCCAUGGGGCAAUGGGUGUGGCCAAAGGAACCGUCCAGAUGGGCGUGGACACCACCAAGACUGUCCUGACAGGCACCAAAGAUGCAAUGUCCGCUGGACUCACUGGAGCAAUGGGUGUGGCCAAAGGAACCGUCCAGAUGGGCGUGGACACCACCAAGACUGUCCUGACAGGCACCAAAGAUGCAAUGUCCGCUGGACUCCAUGGGGCAAUGGGUGUGGCCAAAGGAACCGUCCAGAUGGGCGUGGACACCACCAAGACUGUCCUCACAGGCACCGAAGAUGCAGUGUCCACUGGGCUCACUGGGGCAGUGAACAUGGCCAAGGGCACCGUCCAGAUGGGCAUGGACACCACCAAGACCGUCCUGACAGGCACCAAAGAUGCAGUGUCCACAGGGCUCACUGGGGCAGUGAAUGUGGCUACAGGGGCUUUGCAAACUGGGCUGAAUACAACCACAAAUGUUUCAGCUGGCAUGGCUGGUGCCGUGAAUGUGGCCAAUGCUGCUGCCCAGUGGGGUCUGGACACCUCGAAGGCUGUCCUCACUGGCACCAAAGACGCCGUGUCCACUGGGCUCACCAGGGUAGGGAACGUGGCCCGAGGAGGUGUGCAGACUGGUCUCGGAACCAUCCAGAACUGGUUACCUGUUUCCCAGGAUGCUGCCUCUGGUGGACUCGCCACUUCCGGAGCCCCAGAUGAAGGAGAACAAACCAUCCUGAACCCUCAUGAGGCUCAGUCCUGUGGGGUCUCCAGGCCCCCGGACACUCUGUGUGCACGCCUGGACCUUGCUGGGAAAGCCACCACUAAUACCAAGGGCCUCGUGUCAGCUGAGGUGACUUUCACCCCAGAGGCCGCCCUGGGCAAGAAGGAUGACGUAGGGCCUGGGGCCACCACUUGCGGCCAGGAAGGAGCCCGGGGCUUUGCAACACUCCGGCACACACUGGAGGAGCUGGGGGAGAUCUUCCAGCCCAUGAGCGCCGAGGAGCAAGCUCAGCUGGCUGCCUCCCAGCCCCGGCUGAGGGAGGCCAUGGCCGACCAAAGCAGCUACUUCGUGCGUCUGGGCGACUUGGACCCCAGCUUCCGCCAGCGGGCUUUCGAGCACGCCUUAAGCCACCUGCAGCAAGGCCAGUUCCAGGCCCUGGACGUGCUGGCCCAGCUCGAGGACGCCUUCUGGCUGAUUGAGAAGGCCCAGCAGGCUCCAGACCGGCAGCCGUGGCCGGACCAGGACCUGAGCAGCCAAGCCGGCGCCCAAGAGGUGCCAGCCGCCGGGGCUCUGUCCAGGGUCUGCAGCCUUGUCCAGCAGCUCCAUGUGGCCUACAGCAGCCUGGCCUCCAGCCUCCAGGGCCUCCCCGCCGAGCUCCGGUGGCAGCUCAGGCAGGCGCGGCACAGCCUCUGCGAGCUCCACAGCGUUGUCUCCUCUGCCGCCUCCGUGGCGGAGCUGCCAGCCGAGCGCCUGGCCCAGAGCCGCCAGGGCGUACGCCAGGCGUGGCAGGGGCUGGAGCAGCUGCUGGAGACCGUGCAGCACAGCCCUCCACUCAGCUGGCUGGUGGGGCCCUUCACCCUGCACCCCAAUGGGCAGCAGCUGUAGGCGCCCCUCCCCCACCCGAAACCAGCCCCAACCCCCGGAAGCUCUGGGCCCUGCCGGCUGGCACCCCACCUUUCUCCCUGAGCACGGCUGGCCCUUCUCCUGGCCGAGGAGCCCAGGGCGGCUAAGACCCUCGAUGCCGGCGGG